UUCUAGCUGACUUGUUUGUUACUUCGGACUCCAAUUUCUCACUUUUCUUCCGCAGAUUCCUUCAAUGAAUUUCUUCAAAUCGGUAUUCUCCGAGGAUCCUGAUCCCAAUCCUAAUCCCUCGCCACCGCAAGCCUCCCCUUCCUCCUCCGCCACCACCACCGGCGCGUGGAAAUUCGGCGACCUGAUCAAAACCCUAAGUUCUAAAUCUGAAUCAAUAAUCGAAACCUACCGCCGCGACCUGCACGAAUUCGGAACCGGACUGAAGAAGGAGAUCGAGGUAGCUCACGGUUCCGUUGGCCACGUCAUCGACGAGCUCGGAACCACCGUGGCCAAAGGAACGUCUCAGAUCAUAUCCAAAAGCAAGGAUGCGAUCCGAGUCGUAGAUAACCAAUCCGAUUAUUCGGAUCAGAAGAGAAGUGGACGUUUCUUCAGUAGAUUUGAUGCUGCGGUUCGUGAUAUUCAAGGUGAUGCUGGAACUUACUGUGAUGAACCUGAGGAUUUGGAAGAGUUCAACGAGUGGAAAUUAGGGUUUUCCAUUGAUGCGAAGAAUGAAGAAAUGGAGAGGCUUUUGAAGGAGAAUGAGGCAAUGGAAGGUGUUUAUAAGAACGUUGUUCCCAAAAUUGUUGAUCAUGAUGUGUUUUGGUUAAGGUAUUAUUAUAAGGUUUCUAGAUUGAAGAAAGAUGAGGAUGAUGUUAGGGCUAGAAUUGUGAAGGGGAUGAACAAAGAAGAAGAGGAUUUGAGUUGGGAAGUUGAUGAUGAUGAUAAUGAUGAUGGUAAUGGUAAUAAUACUGAGGGGGUUGAAGCUAAACACGAGGGUAGUGUUGGUGGUGGUGAAAGUGUAGAUGAAAGAGGAAGAACGAGAUUGAAUAUGGAAGAGGUAAAGAGUUCAGAUGAGGAAGGGUUGAAGACAGAGAAAAGAGAGAAUUUGUUGGAAAGUAAGGAACUUGGCAACAGGGUAGAUGAGUUUGUUGAGGGAUCCGGAUCCGGAGGUGUUCGGAAGGUGGGUAGCGGCGAUGGUGGAGUGAAGGAAACUAUUGAGGAAGGAAAUGUUGAUGGUGUGCCAAAGUUUGAAGUGGACAAUGCUGGGAGUAAUAAGAUUGAUGAGAAAAUGGUAAUGGAAAGGAAGAAGGUUGAUGAUGUGAAAUCUUCAAAUAAGAAUGAUGGAAGUAAGCACUUGUUUCAUCAGGAGGAAGAAGAGGAAGAGGAACUUGGUUGGGAUGAGAUUGAGGAUCUUAGUAGCAUUGAUGAAAAGAAAAUAACUCAGAGUGGUAGUACAAGCAUUAGUAAGAUCGAUUUGCGGAAGCGACUUAGUGCUGCAGAAGAAGAGGAGGAAUUGAGUUGGGACAUUGAAGAAGAAGAUGAGGAGCCUGCUGCUAGUGCUAAGGCUUGAAAUAUUUAAUUCUUUCUGUUCGUUUCUCAAGAGAAAUAUCAAAUAUGUAUAUGUAAGUUUCCUUAUAUUUGCUCUCUUUUUUUUUGUA